CUUGGUCUUCUCCCUCGGCUUGGAGGCUGACUCCCUUGGGAUCUCGUGAUCCUUUCUGUCCCUCUCUCCUGCCUUCCUCAUAUUCCUCCUCCCUCAACCUCCUCUUCUUUGGGACUCGGUUGUCUUCUUUACUUUUUUGAUUCUUCUAUUUCCACUUGCGAUCCAUUCUUUCUAAUUCAUUCUUUCUUGCUUCUCGGUUCCAUUCGUUCACCAUGCUUCGAGCCCGACGAUACCGGGUUCUCCUGGUGUUCGCAACCAUCUUCGUGCUCGCCUUCAUACAUUUCGCCCGAUCCCGAGAACAAGCACCGUCCGCCUGGAGUGCGCCGCCACCGGUCGAUCGUCAUCCCGCGUCUUUCUCUCCAGACCUCCCCGCUGCAGACCAAGUUGACCUCAAGGACUCUGCUCCAAUAAUUGCCCCUCCUUCCCCCCCGGCCCCCGAGAGUUUCGAGCAGCAUUCCACCGAAGAAGCAACGGAUCCUUCUACCGAAACUUUAUCCGACGUCCGCCCAUCGGUUUCCGCCGAGGUUCCCAAAUCCUCGGACGAUGCGUCGCCCAAAGACAAUGGAAGUGAGGGCGAAUCUGGUCCGCUCCAGACCAACGUGGGUUCUCAGGGCCAAGGGAAAUCGGGAGUCGAGACUCCCGAAGCACCUUGGCCACAUCCUCACUGGAAGAAAGUACCAGAACAAUAUCCUAUUGCUUCUGAAGACUUUAUCCGAUUGCCAGUCGGCCAGUCCAAGACGCUCCCAAAGUUGCAGGCGGAUUUUAAAGACGAAUCGUCCGCCGACAAGAUGAAGCGUUUACAAAGACUGUCAACCAUCAAGUCCGAGUUUGAACAUGCAUGGACUGGUUACAAGACCUCCGCCAUGGGCCACGAUGAAGUCAUGCCUCUGCGGGGUGGAUAUCGCGAUCCUUUCAAUGGCUGGGGAGCCACGCUUGUGGACGGUUUGGAUACCCUUUGGCUCAUGGGCCUGAAGGAGGAGUUCUCCAUUGCGGUUGAUUAUAUCAAGACGAUUGACUUCACAACCUCCAAGAAGAAAGACAUUCCGGUUUUCGAGACAACCAUCCGUUACCUAGGAGGCUUGCUCGGUGCUUACGAUAUCUCGGGACAUAAGCACGGUGUUCUUUUGGAGAAAGCUGUGGAGCUCGCAGAGGUUCUGAUGGGCGCUUUCGACACGCCGAACCGGAUGCCAACGCUGUUUUACAAAUGGGCCCCGGUUUAUGCGGCGCAAUCGCAUCGUGGGGAUAAGAAGGCCGUACUUGCGGAGCUCGGCUCUCUUUCCGUGGAAUUCACCCGCCUGGCACAGUUGACAAAGGAAAAUAAAUACUACGAUGCCAUUGCACGCAUUACGAACGAGCUUGACAAAUUUCAGGACAACACUCAGUUCCCCGGCUUGUGGCCAAUGAGAAUUGACGCAUCUGGGUGCAAGAAAACUCCGACUCACCUUGAUCAUGAGGCUCCUCGUGGCAAUAAGCUAGGAGAGUCCCCGACAAGUGUUCUUCCGUCCAAAGCCCACCCAACUAAGCCUGCACCAACUGACGCUCAGAGCUACGCGGAGUUCCUGGAGCCCCGCGAUACUAGAUCGCUGCACGAUGAUGCCCAACCAGCUGAAUACGGCGGUGUCUCUGCUCAAGGAUAUCCUAACUCAGAGAGUGAAUACCGCGCUUCCUUCGAGCAGCAGGCAUCUGACAUCCAGUGCCAUGACGGUUUGGCCGCUCCCGCCUCGGAAAGCGAGAAAUACGGAUUGGGCGCUUUGGCGGACUCGACAUAUGAGUAUCUGCCCAAAGAAUAUAUGCUCCUAGGUGGCCUGAACGAGCAGUAUCGCACCAUGUAUGAAAAGGUCAUCAAGGCAACGCGAGAGCGUCUUGUCUUCCAACCCAUGAUCAAGGGCGGCCGCGAUGUCCGAUUCUUGGGCACCGUCACCGUGCCAAAGCCUCCUGGCCGUACGAAGGUUACAUACGAUGGGGACCACCUGUCCUGCUUCGUGGGUGGCAUGGUUGGUAUUGGGGCCAAAUUGUUUGGUAUUGAAGGCGAUCUAGACUUGGCCUACAAGCUGACUGACGCCUGCGUGUGGGCAUAUGAAUCCACGAAGACCGGCAUCAUGCCGGAGCAAUUUUCCUUGGUUCCUUGCAAGAAGGGAGAGAAGUGCGAAUGGGACGAGGCGAUCUACUACAAGGCUUUAGAUCCCAACCUGGAGGAGCGCCUGGCUCGAGCAGCUGCGCGCAAGGAGGAUAAAGACAAGAAAAAGUCGACCGAGGAGCCUGAGCCCGAGUCUCCCAACUCGAUUAAGAAGUCUCACGCCAAACGGGAGCGCGGCAAUUGGCAUGUCGUUGCAACACCUAACGAAGAUCUCCCGAGAAAGGAGGAAGUGGCGCCCGAAAACGUCGAGGAGGCCGAAGAAGAAAAGGUCCCCUCCCACGAGGAGUUUGCUGCCGCACGGAUUCGGAACGAGCGGCUGCCACCCGGCGUCACGCGCCUCGUCAAUCGCAAGUAUAUCUUGCGACCCGAGGCAAUCGAGUCGGUUUUCAUCAUGUUCCGCCUCACCGGCGACAAUUACUGGCGGGAGAAGGGCUGGGAGAUGUUCGAGGCUGUCUCCAAGUACACGCGGACGGAGCUGGCCAAUUCGGUCAUCGAGGACGUGACUGUAGAGAAUCCCAAGAUGGUGGAUGAGAUGCAGUCCUUCUGGCUGGCGGAGACGCUGAAAUACUUCUACCUCCUGUUCAGCGACCCGAGCGUCGUGAGUCUCGACGACUAUGUGCUGAACACCGAAGCGCACCCGCUGAAGCGCCCGCAGUACUAA